AUGAGCGGAUUCCCAACGCCACCGUCCUCAGCCACUGAUCCUCCUCCUACUUCACAGUGGUGGAAUCAACUAUAUUUAUUAAUUUUUCGUCAUAAUGAACGCACUGAAGAGGAAAAAAGGUCCAUUACUAAACCCAUGGUUCUCGGCUAUGGAGCCGCGUUCAGUUUCAUUGCCAUCUUCUUCUUGAUCUUGAAUGUUGCCAACAGACUGAUUCCCUGCAACGUCAGCUUCUCCGUGGAAUCUAUCUCCGCUUCUCCCUCUUCCGCCACGUGGCACGUCGAUUUCCUCGUGACAUCCCCGACCUCGAUGUGUCCUGUCUACUACGACGUCGAUGGCGUGUACGCGAAGCUAGGUUCCUUAACCACCACCGUUUUGAAUACAACCCACGAGGGUCUUUCACGUGGCCAUACCAAGUUUUCGGUGGAUUUAGCUACGGAGGGUAAUCAAAGCCACGUCGCUGCAGCUUUUCCUAGUGUUUUGGACGUGAAACUUAGUGCGAAGAAGAAGAAGCUUUUACUAGUAGAUGAUUACGGACAUUUCGAUAUUAGGUGUCAGAUUCUGAAUCCCGGUUAUGAGAAGACUAAAUGCCAUUCUUCUUUCAAAAAGUUGAAACAGUGUUGCUAA